UGUUGCACAUAACAAACAACCACCUGCCCCUCGAGUUUCUCAAUAAUAAAAAAUGCCUGAACUACAGAUCUCAUCGACGCUGCCGCUAAAGUCUGGGCACGAGAUCCCCGUGCUGGGCUUCGGCACCUGCCAGAGCGCGACGUGCACGCAGUCGGCCCUGGCGGCGCUGCGGAACUCGUACACGCAUCUCGACACGGCGCAGAUCUACAAGAACGAGGCGGAGACGGGCGCGGCCAUCGCGCAGAGCCAGAUCGACCCUUCCACGCUGUUCGUGUGCUCGAAGCUGUGGGAGGACAUGUACUCGCGCGACGGGGCGCUCGCGGGCGUCGAGGCCUCGCUGCAGAAACUCGGCCUGCCAUCCAUCGACCUCUACCUGCUGCACACGCCGCGGCCGGGCCCGCUGGCGCGCAAGGAGGCGUGGCUGGGGCUCCAGGACGCGGUCGAGAGGGGCCUGGUCAAGAGCAUCGGCGUGUCCAACUGGGCGCCCAAGCACAUCGAGCAGCUCAUGACCGAGCAGGGCGUCUACAUCGAGCCCGUCUGCAACCAGAUCGAACUCCACCCGUGGAACCAGCAGAGGCAGCUCGUGUCGUACUGCAAGGCCAAGGGCAUCGUCGUGGUGGCGUACUCGCCCCUCACCCAGGGCCGGCGACUGAACGACCCGACCAUUGUCUCCCUUGCUCAGAAGUACGGCCGGACCCCAGCUCAGAUCGUCUUGCGGUGGGGGCUGCAGAAAGGCCUGGUAGUGAUUCCCAAGAGCGAUCGAGAACAGCGGAUCAUCGAGAACAAGGGAAUUUUCGGCUGGGAGAUUUCCAAAGAAGAUGUCGAAGUCAUUGACGGCCUCGACGAGGGACAGAAGGCAAAUUUGGGAGAGUGGGAUCCGUAUGCUUGGGAUUGAUAUUCCGGAUUGGCCGUCCGAUUCUAUAACAGAGCCUCCCAGCGACUCCGCUUCCCGGUCUAGA